GGAGUACAGAAGAGCCGGGCGGCGGCGCCGAGGCGAGUCGGGAGCCGCCCCAGCCAAGUUUGUUCCCGGUUAAACUUUCCCGGUUCCCGCUUUCUUUCCCUGCAGCCUGGGCUGCUGGUCACCAAUGGAGACAAGAGGCCUGGACUUCUGAGCUUCUACUGGAAAAGAGAAGAUGGGCAAGGCCUUCAGGAUGCCAGGGAGGCUGGUGUAAACUGAUGUGAGCCACGACAUGCUGGCUUGAAGGGUUGAUUAGGAUACCACCCUCUCAUGGAUGUUGUGAGAAUGAUAUGAGACUGUGUGUGUGGCCCAGCUGUGUACCCUUGGGCCUUACCAUUCCAGUUCACACCAGCUGACUUUUGGCACCUACCAUUUGCAUCUCUCUGCCUAAAGAGAGCAGCAGUGGCCUUCAACCAACAGUUGAUGGAAAUUGGAGUCCCAGGCGUGCAGUAGGCCUCGCUGGAGGGAAUGUCAGCGUGGACCAUGGGCGCCCGUGGUGCGGACAAACAAGGAAGUUUCUUUAAGCUCAUUGACACAAUCGCCUCGGAGAUUGGAGAGCUGAAGCAGGAGAUGGUGCAGACCAAUGUCAGCCUGGAAAAUGGCCUGGAACCCUCGGAAGCCCUCAGCAUGAUGAGACAUGAGGAUGAUGGGUAUUCCAAGGGAAAGGAUGUGAAGGCCUAUCCCCGGGACUCUGGCUAUGACAGCCUGUCUAACAGGCUCAGCAUUUUGGACCGGCUUCUCCACACCCACCCCAUAUGGCUGCAGCUGAAUCUGAGUGAGGAGGAAGCGGCAAAAGUCCUACAGUCCCAGCCUCCGGGGAUCUUCCUAGUUCGUAAAUCCACCAAAAUGCAGAAGAAAGUCCUCUCCCUUCGACUGCCCUGUGAAUUUGGAACCCCACUCAAGGAAUUUGCCAUAAAGGAAAGCACAUACACGUUUUCCCUGGAAGGCUCAGGAAUCAGUUUUGCGGAUUUAUUCCGGCUCAUUGCUUUCUACUGCAUCAGCAGGGACGUUCUGCCAUUUACCUUGAAGUUACCUUACGCCAUUUCAACAGCCAAGACUGAAGCUCAGCUUGAAGAACUAGCCCAGCUGGGACUAAAUUUUUGGAGCUCUCCAGCGGACAGCAAGCCCCCAAAUCCUCCACCUCCCCACAGGCCUCUCUCCUCAGACGGCGUCUGUCCCGCCUCCCGCCAGCUCUGCCUUAUAAAUGGGGUGCAUUCUAUAAAAACCAGGACGCCUUCGGAGCUGGAGUGCAGCCAGACCAACGGAGCCCUGUGUUUUAUUAAUCCCCUUUUCUUGAAAGUGCACAGCCAGGACCUCAGCGGAGGCCUGAAACGGCCCUGCACAAGGACUCCCAGCGUGAAUGGCACUGAGAGGCCGAGGUCCCCCCCGCCCCGGCCCCCGCCGCCCGCUAUUAAUAGUCUCCACACAAGCCCUCAGCUGUGCAGGACUGAAACCCAGGCGAGCAUGCCAGAAACAGUCAACCGUAACAAGCACGGGAACGUAGCUGCGCCUGGAACGAAACCAGCCCCCAUCCCUCCGCCGCGGCUGAAGAAGCAGGCUUCUUUUCUGGAAGCGGAAGGCGGCGCGAAGACCUUGGCGGGCCGCCGGCCCCGGGCCGAGCCGGGCGCAGCUGGCAGCCCGGGCGGAGCCCCGCCUGAGCAGGCCCCCGGGGACUGCACGAGGGCCCAGCCCGCCAGCUCUGAAUCACGGUCCCCGUGGAAUGGAGGCAGGCAGAGGCUGAGCGACAUGAGCAUUUCCACUUCCUCCUCCGACUCGCUGGAGUUCGACCGCAGCAUGCCCCUGUUUAGCUAUGAGGCGGACACCACCAGCAGCCUGGAGGACUACGACGGGGAGAGCGACCAGGAGACCAUGCCCCCCCCUAUCAAGUCCAAAAAGAAGAGGAACAGCUCCUUCGUGCUGCCCAGGCUCGUCAAGUCUCAGCUCCGCAAGAUGAGCGGCGUGUUCAGCUCCUUCAUGACCCCCGAGAAGCGCAUGGUCAGGAGGAUCGCCGAGCUGUCGCGGGACAAGUGCACCUACUUCGGUUGCCUGGUGCAGGACUACGUGAGCUUCUUGCAGGAGAACAAGGAAUGCCACGUGUCCAGCACGGACAUGCUGCAGACCAUCCGGCAGUUCAUGACCCAGGUGAAGAACUAUUUGUCCCAGAGCUCAGAACUGGACCCUCCCAUCGAGUCACUGAUCCCCGAAGACCAAAUAGAUGUGGUGCUGGAAAAGGCCAUGCACAAGUGCAUCCUAAAGCCCCUGAAGGGGCACGUGGAGGCCAUGCUCAAGGACUUCCACAUGGCCGAUGGCUCAUGGAAACAACUGAGGGAGAACCUGCAGCUUGUGCGGCAGAGGCGCCCACAGGACCUGGGGGUCUCUGCUCCCACCCCGGAUUUUGUGGAUGUGGAGAAAAUCAAAGUCAAAUUCAUGACCAUGCAGAAGAUGUAUUCACCAGAAAAGAAAGUCAUGCUGCUGUUGAGGGUCUGCAAGCUCAUUUACACUGUCAUGGAGAACAACUCAGGGAGGAUGUAUGGAGCUGACGACUUUUUACCAGUGCUGACCUAUGUCAUAGCUCAGUGCGACAUGCUGGAACUGGACACGGAAAUAGAGUACAUGAUGGAACUCUUAGAUCCCUCACUGCUACACGGAGAAGGAGGCUAUUACUUGACCAGCGCCUACGGAGCACUUUCUCUGAUCAAGAAUUUCCAAGAAGAACAGGCGGCGCGGCUGCUCAGCUCGGAGGCUAGGGACACCCUGCGGCAGUGGCACAAACGGAGAACCACGAACCGGACCAUCCCCUCGGUGGAUGACUUCCAGAAUUAUCUCCGAGUUGCAUUCCAGGAGGUCAACAGUGGUUGCACAGGAAAAACCCUCCUUGUAAGACCUUACGUCACCACUGAGGAUGUGUGUCAGCUCUGUGCUGAGAAGUUCAAAGUGGGGGAUCCUGAGGAGUACAGCCUCUUCCUCUUCAUUGACGAAACAUGGCAGCAGCUGGCAGAGGACACUUACCCUCAAAAAAUCAAGGCUGAGCUGCACAGCCGGCCACAACCUCACAUCUUCCACUUUGUCUACAAGCGCAUCAAGAAUGAUCCUUACAGAGCCAUCUUCCAUAAUGGGGAAGACGAUCUCACCGCCUCAUAGAAGACACAUGGGACUUCCCAGUGGUGCAUCCAAAAGGGGGUCAGGAACCUUGCCUUCCUGACCCCUCAUGCUUCCUCAUGCUUGUGGUUGAAAAGCAGUCACCUCUUUGGGGACCCCUUGGUUCAGCGACUAAGGUAUCCGCAGGCCAGCUUGGCCAAGGGCAUCUUUAGCCACAUUGUCCAAGCAAGGCAGCUGAGGUUCAUGAAACCAUAGGAGUCUCCUUCAGAGAUGGAGAACUGCUCUUGAAGUGUCCUGAGAUUGUUUGCUACCUACCCCCAGCUGGGUUCUAGGUUGGCUUACAUGUUGUAUAUGUGCUGAAUAAACAUCUAAGAGGUACAAGCUCUUCUCUUGAAUUCUGCAGCCAGGCUUUGACAAGACUGUCCGAUGCAGUGCAUCAGGCAUUUCUCAGUUCUGUGGAUGGCUCCAUCUUUUCCUUCCAUUCUUUUCUUUUUUCCUUUUUUUUUCUUUCUUUUUUUGUUUUUUUACAGAGACUCUGUUUUUAUAUAUUUCAUAGAAAUUUUUAUAGCAGUUGCAGGUAAACUGUCAGGAUUGGUUUUUAAAUAUUUUUGUAACUAAGAUAUUCUAUAAUUAUGCAUGUGAUUUUAACAUUUAAUAUUCAAAAAACUCUUGCUGGAUUUGAGAGUAUUGCAUUUUUAAAGUCUCUCCUCUGUAACUGGAUGUUUUAGCAGCUUUGUGGGGGAAGAGAUGGCUGGAUUUCUUAAAGCAUGUGUCACUGACACUGGCCACAGAAUGCCUUUGGAAAUCUGAGGUACUGUUAUCUUGUUCACAGUUGGUGGUAGCGGGCUCUUUCUAGUUUUAACAAAGUGAUGCUGAGAUCAGGAGAGAAAUGAAUGUAGAUGAGAGGUUAAGAGAGAAAUACAGACUCUAACAAAGGACUAAGUGUAGUCUGCUGGUUCAGGCUCCAUGAAGGAAGUAGGAAAAGGAGAUGAAAGGAACCACCUCUGUGGAAAAUACUGCAAAUAUGCAGUGAGUUUUGGCAAAGCCUAUCCCAUGUUACUUGCUUUGGGAAACAAUUAUGAAAGUCCCACAAGGAAAAAAAAUAAGGAUAACACUUUUUUUUCCUUUUUCACAUAAAUCAAAACCAGCAGCAUCAAAUGAUUUGGGGCAGAAAUCAAGUAAUGUGUAAUGUGACUUUUAUUAAGUUAAAGAAGAUGCUGUUUGGAAAAGAGUUUGCAAAGGCACCAAAAAGCCUGUCUGCACUGUAAGAAUGUAUGGGGAAGUUAGAUUUAUGUUCUUUGAAACCUGUUUGGAAGAGGGCAACGCCUGAGGGUCCUGUGGUCCAUGUAACACAGGGAGUCAUAGAAACAUGUUGUCCUGCAUAAAGGUGCGCCAUCAUCUGAUUUGGUUGGCUUUGUACCUUGUAGCUUUCAUACCUUUUGCUGUAUGUGUAGAACCCUCAGCAUGUACCAUGUUGUACUUCCUUUUGUAAAUGAUUUUUUAAAUGGAAUUUUGCACAUAAUACAUUGUAAUACUGUACAAUAAUCAUGGGUGAAAAUAA